AUGUCUAUACCUCCAGCAUACACCAGCCAGCCACCCAUGAUACCCACAAGCCUGCCAUCAAAUGCAAGCCAACGCUCCUUGAACAGCAGUCUUCCACCAUACUCGAGCCAGCUUCCGCCUGAUCACAUACUUAUCCCUGCUGCUACAGUUGCAGCUUUGAUUCCAACAAACAGACCGCCGCCAUCCCAGUCAAUCCCAACAAUCCAACCGCACCCACAGCCACAACAGCAGGUAACACAGCAUGUCCCUCCUCCUCAAGCUGUCAUGCCCUAG